CCUCCCUCUCUUUCUCUCUCUACCCCUUUCUCUCUCUAACCUGAGAAGCAAAGCAGCCAGGCUUUCCAUGAAAAAAAUUCCUCAGCAGUUGCUUCUAUAGCCUCAUUGCAGCCUUCAAAUCAUACCAAUUCUGUAAAGCCUGAAAGUUGCUAAGAGGGGUCUGUUGAACUUUGCCCAAUUUUGACUUCACCUAAGUUUAAUUUCUUGGGAAGAGAGUAAUAUUUUUUCACUUCCAUGAUAAGUCGUUUUUUCUUUUCCAUUGAAGAACAGUAUAUAAAUCCCCAAACACAAAAAAGCUGAGAAGUCUAUUUUCCUUCCAUUCAUUUGCAGGGAAAUUUUCCCCACCAACUGUGUAUUGGAAUUCCCAAUGGCCAGGUACCCACUCCUAGUCUGGUCUUUUUCUCCCUUUCUGUCUCUCUGAUCUUUUGAAAUCCCAUUUUUCACAUUCCUCUCUUAUGCUGUUCCCUAAUAUCUAAAAUUCCAUUUUCUCUCUCUAUCUCCCUCCCUCUCUUUCUCUCUCUAACUUCAUGAUGCAAUUCACUGAGAACCCACCACCACCCUUGCACCAAAUUGCUCCAUUCUCAAGCCUAACAAUGAAUCAAACUAGGCCAUGGCCUGGUUUUCCCACAUCCAAGUCCCUAGGAAGCAGCCUUGGUGAUGCCAAUUGCAUGGAGCAGUUGCUGGUUCACUGCGCGAACGCGAUCGAGAGCAAUGAUGCCACUCUAGCCCAGCAAAUCUUGUGGGUGCUCAACAACAUCGCGCCACCGGAUGGUGACUCAAACCAACGUCUCACCUGUGGGUUUCUCCGAGCUCUCAUUGCUCGCGCGGCGAGGAAUGGGACUUGCAAGGUGCUUAUGACCGCCAUGGCCAAUGCUCACUCCAAUCUCUCCAUAAGUACCCACAAGUUCUCCAUCAUCGAGCUAGCUAGCUUCGUUGACCUAACUCCGUGGCACCGGUUUGGAUUCACUGCAGCAAAUGCAUUGAUACUAGAAGCUGUUGAGAAGUACUCCAUCAUUCACAUAGUUGAUUUGAGCUCCACACAUUGCAUGCAAAUCCCUACCCUACUUGAUGCCAUAGCUAGUCGCUUCGAGGUGCUUCCACUAGUCAAGCUCACCGUGGCAGGUGCCACGGAAGAUGUCCCGCCAAUGCUCGAUCUUUCCUACGAAGAAUUGGGUACGAAGUUAGUUAACUUUGCCAGAUCUCGGAACAUAAUGAUGGAAUUUAGGGUAAUUCCGUCGAGUUCCUCAAACGGGUUCUCUUCUCUAAUCCAACAGCUGAGGACGCAGCGUUUAGUCAAUGCAAACAACGGCGAUGAAGCUCUAGUCAUCAAUUGUCACAUGAUGCUUCACUACAUUCCAGAAGAAACCCUAUCAUUGGUUUCCAACACAAAUCCAAAUCCAUUCUCUUUCGAAACAUUCUCUACCUCCUCCCUUAGAACAAUGUUUCUCAAGGCGCUCCGAGGUCUAGAGCCAACCAUUGUUGUUCUAGUAGACGAAGAUGCGGAUUUCACAUCAAACAACUUGGUUUGUAGAUUAAGAUCUGCUUUCAAUUAUCUAUGGAUACCCUAUGAUACUGUGGACACGUUUCUUCCGCGGGGGAGUAAGCAAAGGCAGUGGUAUGAAGCUGAUAUUUGUUGGAAGAUUGAGAAUGUGAUGGCAUAUGAGGGUGCACAGAGGGUUGAGAGGCUCGAGCCCAAGAACCGGUGGGCACAACGGAUGAGAGAUGUGGGCUUUCGAGGGAUUACAUUUGGUGAAGACGCGGUUUCGGAAGUGAAGAGCAUGCUUGAUGAGCAUGCAGCUGGAUGGGGAUUGAAGAGGGAAGAGGAAGAUCUCGUGCUUACAUGGAAAGGACAUAAUGUGGUGUUUGCUACAGCUUGGGUGCCUAGCUAAUUGAUGAUCAUGUCUAGUUCUUGUUACUGGUUAUAUUAAACUCUAGUUAUGCAUCUUUGUAAUUUUUAUUAGCUCAUUCUUCUUCUUCUAUUAGUACUUUUUAAAGUAGAGUGUAAGAUUAGUAUUGAAGGUUUCUUGUUGCUAGUUAAUUAGCAUUAGUUUAGUUUAUUUUCACAUAA